GUAAGUCCACUUUAAAACGCCAGCUCGCGGCUGCGGGGACUCAGUUCGGUGGACGUGGACCAUGGCGGCUGCCACGAGCAGCAGCAGCACCGCGGCCGCGCUCCAGAUGAAACACGGCAGCCUCGAACACACGCGGAAACGGAUCGACCCGAGGACGAGGCAGGCGGCGCUGUCCUUCCUCAGCAACAUUUCUUUAGACGGACGGCCGCCCGCGCAGGACGAUGCAGCCCAGAAUCAGUACGACUCCUCGCUGGAAGCCCGGACCGGACUCAGCCCGCUCGUCCCGGACCGCUCGGCCGCCCAGCCGCUCGCUGUGGCCGCCGCGGCUCCUCUCGGCAGCAGUCGGGUCGGUCUGGGCUCGACUCCCGCCGCUGUUGUCCCGGCGGGUUCGGAGGCGGAGGGCGAAGCUUUUGUGCCUUCGCCGUUCUCCGCCGUGCCAGCCUCGGCUCGAGGGAGGCUGCAGACCUACACUCAGGGAGUCCUCCCGGCCCACUACAGCAGACAGAACCCCCAGAACUACUGCAGCCUGGAGGGCGGACAGAUCGCCAACUCUGCCGUGGAGCUGCAGAGGUCCAGACGAAGACUCAUCUCUCAGCGCUCUUCCUUGGAAACACUAGAAGACAUUGAGGAGAACGCUCCUCUACGCAGAUGCCGAACCCUAUCAGGUUCACCUCGACCAAAGAGCUUCAAGAAGAUCCACUUCAUAAAGAACAUGAAGCAACAUGAUAUGCGCAGUGGAAGGAUAGUCCUUAUCAGUGGCAGAAGAUCCUUCUAUAGUGUAUUUUCUGUCCUGCCCUAUCGAGAUUGUAGCCAAACAGGGGAUCUAAAACCGGAAGGGGGGCGUCAGCGACACCCGUCGGGCAGCGUCAAUGCCAAAGAGAUGGUGAUCGGCCUGGAGGGGGUGGAAUUAGGAGCUGAUGGAAAGACUGUGUCCUACACACAGUUCCUCUAUCCCACCAACGUGCUGGGCGGUCGCAGGAACACCAUCGACUCCACCUCGUCCUUCACUCAGUGUCGGAACACCAGCCACCGCAGCCUGAGUUUGGGCAGAGCCAACAGCAACCAGAGCAGCCUGGACACGGGGAAUGAUCUGGGGGACUUUCGCGAGUAUGACCCCAAUCUGCUGGAUGACCCUCAGUGGCCUUGUGGAAAACACAAGAGAGUUCUCAUAUUUCCCUCCUACAUGACUACAGUCAUCGAAUACGUCAAGCCCUCUGACCUCAAGAAGGACAUGAAUGAAACUUUCAAGGAGAAAUUCCCCCACAUAAGACUGACGCUCAGCAAGAUCAGGAGCUUGAAGCGGGAGAUAAGAAAGUUGGCCCAGGACGAGUGCGGCUUCGAGGAGCCCACAGUGGCCAUGGCUUUUGUCUACUUUGAAAAACUCGUUCUGCACGGCAAACUCAACAAGCAGAACCGCAAGCUGUGUGCCGGAGCGUGUGUCCUUCUGGCAGCCAAGAUUGGUGGCGAUCUCAAGAAACACGAAGUCAAACUCCUGAUAGAUAAACUGGAGGAGCGGUUCAGGGUGAACCGCAGAGAACUGAUAGCAUUCGAGUUCCCCGUCUUGGUGGCGUUGGAGUUCAACUUGCACCUUCCUGAACACGAGAUCAUGCCCCACUACAGACGCCUCCUGCAAACGUCCUAGCAUUAGUGACCCAUCAGGGGGACGACAAGCGCAGUGUUCUCCUGAUCUGCUGUUCCUUUCCAACCUCCUAUAACACUCCUCGGCCCCGCUAACCAUCAACAGCUUUUCAUUACUUUCCUGCAACACACUCUGACUUAAAUUCUGCCAAAGUGACAUUUCUUCAUUACUACACAUUUUGCUAAACGUGAGUGAAAAAACGUUGUCGUCUGCAAACAAGUUUUUUUUUUGUUGUUGUUUGCUUUGCUUUGUGUAUUUUAGACCUCUUGUUGAUUAAGAGAGUUGUUAAAAGCUUUUUUUUUUAAAGUCAUUAUUGUGAUGGUGAACAUUUUCUCAGUUAAAGCAAGCAAUGCUUAAUUUUUCAUUUUUCUCAUGGAUUUUGGUUGUUUCUCACCCUUGGUAAAAUUUUAAACCUGGCCCUUUGAGGGGCUGUUUGGGCUGGACUGUUAUUCCUCAGAGUAAUUCAUGUGUUUUGCAAGUAAUUUAAUAUUGCAAGACAUUUUUCAGACUUUUAAAUGAGCUUUGGAACCAACCUUGAAAAAUAAGCCUUGUUCAUAAGCGCCGCACAUGUCAUUUAGUUAUAAUUUUGUAAUAUCUGCACGAUAAAUCUGUAUACGUGUGCUUACAGAUCAGAUUGCAUUUUCUAUUUUUCACUGUAGCUGAAGUGUUCUAUUAACUUUUUUGUAAUCAAUCAAAAGCUUGCUAUG